AUGCAGUUCUCCUCCAAGUUCCUCGCACUCGCACUCGCCGUCCUUCCCUCAGCCCUCGCGGACAGGACUUUCGUCAUCAAUAAUGCCUGCCCUAGCGACGUCCCGCUCUUCAUCAAUGCUCAAUCCCAAGGUAUCAUCCCUCAUGGGACGAAUGUCACCAAAACCCUACCGAGCGACUUUUCGGGACUGAUCUACAGCACGGCUAACGGUGGAAGCGGUACCGGGAGACUGGUCACUAGCGCAGGCUUUCACUUGGACAACGGAUACUACUAUAUCGUCAAGGAUGACACCCACUUCAAUAUGGGCGUCGAAGUUUCCCCUCACGCUGCAACAUCCAACGGCUUUUGCCCCCAGCUGUCUUGUGCUGACGCUGAUUGCACUGGAGUUUUCCCUCUGACGCAGCAGCCUCAAAGCUUCCCAGCUCCGGGGAACUCGCCCCCCACUUCUCCGUUGUUCGAGUGCCCUGGUGCAAACAUCGGGUUCACAGUAACGUUCUGCCCGACACAGUCAUUCCCGUCUGAUGCCCAUUCUAUCCACCCCAUCGCCAACCGGAACAAGUGUCUCGACGUGCGGGGCAAUGUUCAAGCCAAUGGAACCCCUGUUCAGAUUUAUGACUGCAAUGGAUCUGCUGCCCAGAGUUGGCUUAUCAGCCCUGGAUCUACGAAGGUCCAAUUAGCCGACACAACCUUCUGUCUCGAUGCAAGCCCUACCCCCGAAAACGGUGUCGGUAUGAAGAUUUGGGAAUGUUUCGACAAUCUCCCCGCGCAACAGUGGUUCCUCACUGAUGAUAACCGUAUUGCCCUCGAAAACCAAGGGUUCUGUCUUGACCUGACGGGAGGGAUCCUCACCAACGGCAACCAGGUCCAGACUUGGCAAUGUACCGACAACGAUAACAAUCAAGCCUGGGUUCUUUGA